GGGUGGGUUUCCCGCGAGCUGAGCGGAGGAGGCCGUUUCGCUCAGCAGUGGGCGGAGGGGCGGUCAGCGCGGCUCGAGAGGCGCCCAGCCCGGUCUGGCGUGAGAUCCGCCGGCUAGCCAGCUGACGCCGGCCACUCCGCGCGGCCCGGGGCGAGGAUGGAGAGGAUGGUGUUCAGGAGCUUCUUCUGUCAUCUGUCUACCUACAGACUGAUUUGGUUCUUGGCAGCAGUGAUGCUGUGCAGGGCGCAAGUGGUGACCCAAGAUGAAAAAGCGCUGCUGAACACACCCGUUUCCUUACGAUGCUCUCUGCAAAGUCCCCACGAAGUCCUGAUUGUGACGUGGCAGAAAAUCAGGGCUGUGAGCCCGGAAAACAUGGUCACCUUCAGCAAGAACCAUGGGGUUGUGCUCCAGCCUGCCUAUGAGGACAAGGUGAACAUCACCGAGCUGGGACUCCAUAACUCAACCAUUACCUUCUGGAAUACCACCCUGGAUGAUGAGGGCUGUUACAAGUGCCUCUUCAAUACCUUUGGUUCUGGGAAGAUCUCAGGAGUAGCCUGCCUCACCCUUUCUGUACAGCCCACAGUAUUCCUUCACUAUAAAUUUUUUGAAGACCACCUAAAUAUUACUUGCUCUGCCAAUGCCCGGCCAGCCCCUGUGAUCUCCUGGAAAGUCUCUGGGUCAGGGAUUGAGAACAAUACUGAAAUUGUCUCACACCCCAACGGGACCACGUCCGUCACCAGCGUCCUCCAUGUCAAAGACCCCAAGAGUCAGAUGGGGAAGGAGGUGAUCUGCCAGGUGCUACACCUGGGUACUGUGACCUACUUCAGGCAAACUGUGAACAAAGGCUAUUGGUUUUCAGUCCCGCUAUUGUUAAGUAUUGUUUCCCUGCUAAUCCUUCUGGUCUUAAUCUCAAUCUUAUUAUAUUGGAAACGUCAUCGGAACCAAGAUCGAGCAUUCCACAGCCCAGCUACUCCAUUCAAGAGACUGUGAAAUUGUCCAACACGAUCACUAAUGAAGUAGCACUUUCUUUGUUAUAUUCUUACUAUGUUUCAGACACUAUAAGCAACAUAACAAGUGAUCCAGACUUACAAUAACUGAUCGUGUCAUUCUGCCCUUAUAUAUUCUAAGUUUUUCUGUCUCCCCUACAACAUCAAUCAUAGAGUCUUAUGUAUAUCAAGUAUUCAGUAAACAUUCAUCAAAAUAGUGAAUGGAUGGAUGGAAGGAUAAUCAUUUUCAAAGUGAUUUUUUCACUUCCCUUUUUCUUACUGUAAAUUCAGUCCUUCCUAAAUGCUGAGUCUAAAACAUUGUGGGAAAUAAAACAAGAGAUAUGGUACGCUAGAGGAGUCAGCUCGAGAGAAUGAAAUUUCUUUGGUUUCUGAAGACAGCACAUCAUUUCUUAAAGCUGAUGCAAAGUAGCAGUUUGUGUUGUGGGUGAUGGGCGGUUCCUAGGGUGAAGGGGUAAUAUUGGGUGUUUUCUCCACCUCAGGUGACUGAAAGAUAGGGAAGAAAGAAAUGUUGGCUUUGAGUGUCAUUUCAGAUUUCUAGAAAAAAAUCCCACUCCAAUACUACCUUUUUUUCUUUUAUGUCUCAUAGAUUAAUAGCUUUCAUAUUCUAGGUUUUUGAACACUUAAUUUUGAAUAAGUCUUAUGUAAACAUCAGAUUAAUUCUUGUGAUUUUAUAAGAAAAGCAAUAAAUCUUUAUUGUCAAUGACCUUUUUGCAAAAGUAGAUACAGGUAUUUGUUUUGUUCAGGAGAGGAGAAUGCAGAGCAGAUCAUUUUACUGCACACAAACUAAGCCCUUAAACUCAUUAGUGCUCUGCAGAAUGUCUGAAACAGAAGGUUGAUUCUACUUUAAUCAGGCUAUUCAUUUUUUCCGAUUAGGAGCUGAAUCCCGGAGAGGGAAGUUGACUUCCUUCCCUAAGAUCACAUGGCUAGUUAACAGCAGGUUUAGGACUAGAGCCCUAGUCUCCUGACCUCUGCCGGGAUGUUCUUCCAGUCAUGGUGUCCUGGAGUCCUUACUUCAAAGCUGAUAUUGUUAGCAGUUGUAUUGAUUUUGGUCUGUGCUUGCUCUUACUGCUGUAUUCUUUUGGAAAGUGCAAGCAGAGAAGUAUGAAGUGUUCAAAUUAAUUUUAAAAAGUCCCUCUUGAGCAAGAAUCUUUUAAUACAGUAUAUUCAAAACCAAGGUAAAUUCCUCUAGCAUGGAGUACUUGCAAAAUAAUUGUCCUUUGUUCAUUAAGUAAAUCUUGACUUUUUCUGGGAGAUAUCAUUGUGCAAUGCUUUAUCCAGCUUCAGAAGCAAAGAGAGUCAGCUUAUUUCUACUCAGGCUUUUUCUCUCCUAUGAAAUAAGCACUUGAAUCUACUGAAGCCUAUAAGCACCAGGACUGCCAUUUAUUUACGAUGCCUUCAUGAUAUAUGGCCAAUUCACUUAAUUACACUGAACAUUCAGUAGCAUAUUUUGAGUGACUGGAGAUUUUUGGCUAGUUUCAAAAAUUUUAACAGCCAGAUCAUUUGGUGCCAUUGACUUAAAUAGCUAAUAAAACAAAGUAUUGAUGAUGCUGGAGACUUAAACACUCCAGGCUGAGUUUAUUAAGACCAAACUUAAAGUUAUUCCAAAAACUUGGGAGAAAGGAAAGAUAAUCAUAAAAGAUAGUGCCAUUUUUAAAUUUUUUCAAGUAACAAAUUCUGAUUGUCAAUCUGCCAUGAAAAUGAAAAAUGUCCUUCUAUGUCUGCUUUCCAUCUUUCCUUGUUUUUUUUUUUCCUCUCUUUUUUUCUCCCCAUCAUCUCCUGAAAACAUAAAACUUGGAUGGGCAAGGAAAUAUGAUCCAUCAAAAAUGACACCAAGAUUCUGGAUCUGGUGACUGGAAAAAUGGUGAUAUGUGAUAUGAACAGAAAUGGGGAAGUGGAGAGCAGAAACGGAGUGUGUGUGUGUAUGUUCAGACUUCAUAGGGAGAGAAAAAGGAGAGGAGGGAGGGGUGAAUUACUUUUUGAACUUACUGAAUGUCAGUAGACAAUCAUUUCUGUGAAGCUGUCCAGUAAGUAGUAAGACAAAUCUGGUAAAUAGGGACAGUCUAAGCAAGGUCCAACUCUUUGUUAGAUAAAUGUCCAAAAAAUGGUCAAAAUUACUUAAUGCUCACAAAAGCACAAACUGAUUUACAGUUUUUGGACAGAGGGAUAAUCUGUAAUGAUUGAUGUUAUUUUUAUAGAGCAGCUAGCUCCCUUUAUUUUUCUUUUGAUUCUAUAUAAUGACAGAGAGUAUGAUGUUGGUUUUUUUCCAACUGUAAAGCUGUGCCCUGGAAGAAGGUAUGAUAAGUUAGAGGUGAUUUCUCUUGGCAUCAUUCCUGAUGGGAUCAUUAUAGUUACUUGCCAAGAGACUACAAUAUGAUAAUAGAUUAAUUGGUUUUCAAAGAACUUUCUUCUUUCAUUAGGCCAGUACUUUGUUACUGAAACAGAAAGUGAGAAAAAAAAUAAAAAUUUCCUAGGGAAAUUUUCCCCCAUUCUGUAAUAGUUCUAUUAAAACCCAUUGAUGUCAUAAAUUAGUCCCUUCCACAUAUGCUACAAUAAAGUUAAAUUUGGGGUUAACAAUAACCUUUUAUCUCUUAUUAGUCAACCCACCAAUGAUGACAUGCUUUUCAGAAACAAAAACAUCACCUGGGGGCAGCUCAUCAUAGACAGCCACCAAGUUUGUAGAAAUCUUUGAGUAGCAGUUGUCUUUUGUUUUAUUGAAGUCAAGGCUGAAUUAGAAAACAAUAGGAAACUUAGGCAACCAUGUGAAAUACAUAUUCCAAAUUUCACUUUUUCUUCAAGUAUCUAGCUAUUUCAUGUAGAAGUGGGGUUUUUCCACCCACAUUGUCUGUACAUUUCCUUCCAUUCUUUUACUUCGCUGUACAAUAACCUAACCUAUAAGUAGGCUAUUGGCAAUGAUAACAAUGGCCAUCUUAGUAAAACACUAUAUCCCAGGUAGUAUCAUGUCAUUUUUUCCUAUUUUAAGCUUAGUAUUUAUGUCAAAAACAGAGGGGCUCAAUAAACAAUUUGUGAUGGUGAAAUUGGUAAUUAGUUGAAGGACAAUACAAAGAAUUUUUUUUUCCAGAAAAGCAAGAAUCUCUGCUUCCUAAAUAAUUGUAACUAUGCUCCCCAGAUGAAGACUGAUGAGUGGCAACCCUUAGCCCUACUCCAGUUUCUGUAUAGUUCCAAGCAGAAGAAAUGUGAUGCUUUAUAUGAGAAAACUGUUAAGCAACCUUUACUGAAUGGCCUAGGUCAGAAUUGCUGGGAGAAAUCUUGCAUGCUAAGACACUGUUUUUCUAUGAAGUUUUACCAUAGAAUGGCUACAAAUAUUACCCAUCAUAUCAAAAUGUCAUGACAUAAUCUGAUCACAGAGUCACUGGCCAACAGACCCUUAAGCCUGGACAAUCUUGCCUGAGCUGUUCUGUGUCUUACACCACAGAUAGCUGAUGCUGGAAAUGUUGGCAACAUUAAACCAUGCAGAAACUUGGAGGUUCUGUUAAAGAAUUACUUAAGAUUACACAGAGAGUGAGAGGCAACACCAAGACAAAUCCAGGUCUUUUACUUCACUGUCUAUGUGCUGUGGGGAGGCCGACAUCCUCCCAGUUUAUGUGCUAGAAAGCCAAAAGGCCUUGAAAGGACCUCCAUAUGUCUACUUUAUGUCCAUUCCCAACCCAUAUCUGGCAAGUAACUGUCGACAGGAAACAAAGCUCAAAGUCUAAUAAGUAAAGUACAUGUAGAUCAUUUGGAAUUCUUGAACAUGUUAUUUUAGUUGUAGUCUUGAGUAAUUCUGCAAACCAUUGUUUCCCAGAAUUAUCUAUGUCCUUUUUUUUUUUCUAUGUCCUUUUAAAGGGAGUUGCAGUCCCCUCACAUCACACUGGGUCAAGAAUGACUAUUUCCCUAUCUUUGCAAGUGAAAUAUGCACAAGGAGAAUUCUAGGUUUAUUGAUUGACCUUUUGUUACUGAUCCUCCUAAGACCUAGUAGGAUAGAAAUGAUAAAUGUUCUCAGUUAAUAUCUUGAUCUUUCUUUU